AUGUCACAGUUCAUACUCUGUUUUUUCAUGCAGGGUGAAGUCAGGGUCACCCGCAUCGAUGCUGCUCACCCGCGUGCGCGGUUGGCGAAGGCCUCCGUGCAGCCAGUGCAGCCUCGGAGCCUCUCUCAGCCGGCCUCUGGGCUCCUGAUGCUCGUCGCUCGUGAUCGCCCCCCGUCUCCACGCCCCCCUUCUGCCGCUUGGGGCCUGCGCGCGCGCACAUCUUUUGAUAUGAACGGCCACAUCCUGCGUCAGCUCCUCCGGCGUCGAAGCGGUGAGGUCCGCGACGCUUUUUCGCCCGAGCGCUGCGAGCGCACGGCAUGCCUGGCCCUUUUUAAGACAAUUCUGCUGCUGUGCCAGAGGCCGUGA